AUGGCUGAAACAAUUCUUGUGAAUGGUGUUGGGGAAAUCUUGAAGGUGCUGAUCUCUGUGGCUACCCAAGAGAUUGACCUCGCAUGGGGUGUGAAGGAAGAUCUGGAGAAGUUGAGAGACACCUUGACUUAUAUCCAAGCAUUAGUGCAGGAUGCUGAGAAACAACAAGUAGAAAAGAAGGAUGUGAGAGAACUUCUGAGAAGGCUUAAAGAAGUAGCUUAUGAAGCUGAAGACGUAUUGGAUGAAUUUUAUUUUCAUAAAGUACGACUUCAGGUUUCCACAAACAAGGUAUGCCCCUUCUCCUCAUCCUUCAUUAAUGUUGGUUUUCGUCUUCGAAUGGCUCAUAAGAUUAAGGACAUAAACAAGAAGUUUGAUGAAAUUAAAAGAGACUUGGAUUUUUUCAAGAUUAUUAAGGAAUCUGUGACAGCAAAUCUUCAGAACAAUAAAACCCCAGAAACCUUUGCUUUUGUAGCUGAUUCCGAGGAUGUUAUUGGAAGGGAAGAUGAUAAGUUGAAGAUAAGAAAUAAGUUAAUUAGCAGCUCUGACACCCAAGAGAUACUUUCAGUCCUUACCAUAGUUGGAAUGGGAGGGCUUGGAAAAACCACUCUUGCCAAAUUGGUCUAUAAUGAUGAUGAGGUAACCAAGUAUUUUGAUUCAAAAUACUGGGUACAUGUCUCUACAGAUUUUGAGCUGAAGAAAAUUUUAAUACAAAUCACAGAAGCCAUUACCCGUGAUACUUGUCAAAUAUCAUCCCUUGAUGUGAUUCAACAAAAUCUGAGAGAAAAAUUGAAUGAGAACCGAUUUUUGCUUGUGUUGGAUGAUGUAUGGAAUUGUGAUGCUCAGAAAUGGGAUAUGCUUAAGACUUCCUUAAGCAUUGGUUCUAGGGGUAGCAAAAUCAUUGCUACUACUCGUAGUGAUGAAGUUGCAUCAAUCAUGGGCGGUUCACUUCAAACUUACCAUCUUCAAUGUUUAAUAGAUGAUGAAUGCUUGACGAUUCUUAAGAAUAAAGCAUUUGGAAAUGGAGGGAUCCAAGUGACUCCAGAAAUGGAGGCUAUUGGAAUGGAAAUUGCAAAGAAGUGUGAAGGUUUACCUUUAGCUGCAAAAGCAUUAGGAGGCAUAAUGCGUAAAAAAAUAGGUGAAAAAGAAUGGGAGUCAAUAAAGGAUAGUGAAAUUUGGGCUUGUCAUAAAGAUGAAAUCCUUCCUGCACUGAAGUUGAGUUACGAUCAUAUGCCAUCAUAUUUGAAACAAUGUUUCUUAUAUUGUUCAAUAUUUCCUAAGGGUGAAUAUAUCUUUAAAGAUCGGCUGAUCAAACAAUGGAUGGCCUUAGGGUUCCUUCACUCGUCAUCAUCAUCAUCACCAUCAUCAAUAGGAGAUGAAAGGGUUCUACCAAAAGAAAAAAAAGGAGCUAAAAAAAGGGCAAUUGAGGAAGAAGAUAUUGGAAAUGACUACUUCAACGAAUUGUUAUGGCAUUCCUUUUUCCAAGAUAUUGAGAAAGAUGAUUUUGGUGAUAUAAUCAAGUUCAAGAUGCAUGGACUUGUAUUUGAUUUGGCACAAUUUCUUUCAAAGUCUGAAUGUGUGAUUGGUGGGGCUGAAGAAUUAAAAAACAACUCUAGUGUUUUUCAUUUAAGGCUGUCUCUGGAUCGAGAUAUAAAAAUGAUUCAAAAGGACUUACGUAAGGCAAGGAAUUUACGUUCAUUGCACUUGCUAUGCACAAUAAAAAAUCCACCUUCCAUUGAUGCCCUUCACAUUUUGUUCAAGAGAGUAAAGCGCUUGCGUGUGUUAGAAAUAUCAAAUUGUGGAAUCAAAGAGUUACCAUCCUCCAUUAAGAUAUUGAAACACUUAAGGUACCUUAACCUCAUGGGCAAUCCAAUUGAAGCAUUACCUGAAUCUAUCACUUGCCUUUACAACUUGCUGACAUUGAACCUUUAUGAUUGUCCUCUAAAAGAUCUCCCCAGAGAGAUGAGGACAUUGGUUAACUUGAGACAACUUUUAGUAAACAAGAAAGGUGGAAGUUGGAGUCAAAUGCCAUUAGAGCUGUGGAGAUUGUCUGAACUCAAUGAAUUAGAGUCAUUUAUUGUGGGCCAGAAUGAGGGACAGAGUAUCAAUGAAAUCCAAUACCUAGAGCUUCGAAAUUUUUUAUCCAUCUACAAUCUCGAGAAUGUGAGAAAUAGAAAGGAAGCGGAAGAGGCGGAAUUAAUGAAAAAAAAAAAUCUUGUUGGGUUGGGGUUAUCAUGGGGAAGUUGUGAUUUGGGUGAUGACAAAGACGAUGUAUUGCAAGCACUUCAACCUCACUCAAAUCUGAAAAAGCUGUCAAUCAGAAACUAUGGAGGUGUAAAAUUUCCUGGAUGGAUAAUGAGUACCACCAACUUGGUAAAACUCUAUCUACACAAUUGUGAGGGAUGGGAACGUGUCCCACCAUUUGGACAAUUACCAUUUCUUAAGGUUCUAAGUGUAAAAGGAAUGAAGAAGAUGAAGAGUCUUGGCACCGAGUUCUAUCACGGGGACAGUAGUAGUAGUGGUAGUAGUCAAACUGCCAUUACUGUAACAGCAUUCCCGUCUUUGGAAGAGUUUUCUCUUGGAAAGAUGCCCAGCUUAGAAGAAUGGGUGGAACCUCAAGCUUCUCUUCUUUCCUUCCCUCGCCUUGAGAGGAUAUCAAUAGAAGAUUGCCCAGAGUUGAAGAUCCUGCCCAGCCAGUUUCCUUUGCUUAAACUACUCAAAAUCAAAAAAAGCAAUGGUAUAUUGCCAAGAUUAGUCGUGCAGGUACCCUCUCUCACCAAACUCUUUAUAGAUGAUGUUUCUGAGUUGAAGUUCUUGCCCCAAGGAUUAUUGCAUGACAAGAUCCAAGAAAUAGAUAUUCGGAAAUGCCCAAACUUUGAAGCAGUUAUUGAGCCAGUCGAGAAGAGUGUGCAAAAGCUUCCAUCAUCUCUUGCACUCCUAAACAUUAGUGAUUGCCCUUCCCUAAUGUCACUGCCAGAUCUACAAGGCCUGCACUCCAUUCGGAAAUUCUAUUUUGUAAGGAAUGAAAAAUUCACUGGCUUACCAGAGAUUCAACACUUCCGCACCCUUGAAUUUUUGAGUAUUGGUGGCUUUUCAGAGGAGCUGGAAUCUUUUCCUAACUUAGAGCAUCUCAAACAGUUGGCAUCCCUUCGAACUUUAGUUCUAAUUGGCUGGUCCAAGCUUACUUCUCUCCCGGACCAACUUCAAAGUCUCACCCAAUUAGAAUAUUUGGGAAUACAUGACUUUCAUGAAAUUGAAUCUCUGCCGGAGUGGCUUUGGAACCUUUCUUCACUUCGAACGCUGCGUCUUAAACAGUGCAAGAAACUAAAGUAUCUUCGAAAUGAGCGAGGACUGCGAUGCAUCACCGCUUUGUAUGUUGAAGGUUGCCCCUUUCUCGUAGAAGGAUGCACCAAGGGAAGACGCAAGGAGUGGUCAAAGAAUGAACACAUUCAAUUUGUCCAAAUUGAUGGCCAAGUUAUAAAUCCAUUGAGUCUUUCUUCGUCAGGUUAAAUGCAAAAAGAUGGUGAGUUGGACUACAGCAUACUUUCGUUGAUUUUGUUUCCCUUUCCCAAGCAUGAGUCAAUUUAAUUUG